AUGGGGAAACCAAAACAACCAGCAGUUACCCCCUCCUCCAAGUGCAGUCGCCCAGAGGACUCCCCUGGAGCAGCCUCAUCCUCCGACAGCGAAUUUAUGGAGAUCCUUACCUCCAUAAAUGUGAAGCUGGACACCUUUGACACCCGACUUUCUCUAGUAGAGGUCUUGCACAAGGGAUUUCAAUCACUGCGAGAAUCUCUAGUGUUCAGCCAGCAACAGGUGUCCGUGCUCGCGGCGGAAAAUAACGCACUUAAAGGAUCGGUUAAAACCCCCACUGAGGAAUCGAGGCACCUCAGACAGGGAAACUGUUCACAUAAAGGACACAAGAUAGCCAGGAAGCCACAGAGCAACAUUAUGACAUCACUUACUUUAUUUUCUUUGCUUUACUUUGCUGUCAGUGUCCUCACUUUAACUGAUAGCUCACUUUCCAGCAUCACCACAGCAGCUCCACCAGCAGCCUCAAAGUGCACUCUUCUAAACAGCUUCCAACCAGGCUUUGCGGUCCAGGGGGACUAUGUCAUCGGUGGGAUUUUCCCCAUUCAUUUUAAUCUGAAAACUCCAGACCUUAACGGCACCUACAGACCACCACCGAUGAAUUGCAAUGGGAUUUAUCCCAGGGCUUUCCGGUGGGCUCAGAUUAUGAGACUGGCAGUGGAGGAGAUAAACCAGAAUCCAGUGCUGUUGCCGAAUCACACUCUGGGCUACAGAAUCUUUGAUUCAUGUGGAUAUCCACUGACAGGACAGAGAGCUGUUUUAACGAUGCUGAAUGGAGUGAGUGAGGAAAACUCUCCUAUGUGCACAAAUGCCUCAUCACUCCUCGCUGUGAUUGGGGCUGCUGGAUCCGCUCAGUCUAUUGCUGUGUCAAGAAUCCUGCAGCCAUUCAGGAUCCCCAUGAUCAGCUACGCUUCUUCAUGUGCAUGUUUGUCAGACAGACAAAAAUAUCCAACCUUCUUCAGAGUAAUUCCUAGUGAUGACUACCAGGUGAAAGCCAUUGCACAGCUGCUGGUGCACUUUAACUGGACUUGGGUGGGGCUGCUGCGAGGGGACCAUGAUUAUGGCCGCUUUGCUGCAAAAGGUUUACUGACAGAAUUACAGGACACCAAAGUAUGUGUAGCUUACCAAGAAAUUAUUCCUCUGCUCUACACUCGCCAGGUGGGACUAAGGAUCAUGAAGGUGAUGCGUAGUUCUACUGCAAAAGUGGUGGUGGUAUUUGUAGGCGAGGGGUUGAUGACACCUUUCUUGAGAGACUACAUGACUCAGAACAUCACUGGAAUCCAGUGGUUGGCGAGUGAAGCCUUGGUCACAGCAUCAGUUUUUUCAGGGAGAGAGUAUUACCCUUACAUGGGAGGAACCAUUGGGUUUGGCAUCAGAAAAGGUCAUAUCCCCACACUGGGUGACUUCCUGCAGUCAGUAAACCCUAAGAGAUAUCCUGACAAUGUGCUGGUGCAUGAGCUGUGGGAGUCUCUGUAUGGUUGCAGUCCUCUUCCAUCCUCGGUCACCCAGAUGCCACCCUGCUCAGGGCAGGAGUCUCUGCUGGAACAGCACUCAGCCUACAUGAAUACAUCCAGACCUAGUGUCGCCUAUAAUGUCUAUAAGGCUGUAUAUGCCAUUGCUCAUUCCCUGCACAACCUCAUUCUCUGUCAGCCAGGGAGGGGGCCUUUCCAGAACAACUCAUGUGCUCAGAGCAACAACAUACACCCUUGGCAGUUGCAACACUACCUCCAGGAAGUGAACUUUCAGAUUGGUGGGGAGGUGGUGGACUUUGAUGCCAAGGGCGACUCUGUACCCUAUUAUGAUAUCAUCAACUGGCAGAGAGGCACAGAAGGAAACAUUGAAUUUGUCAAUGUGGGUUUGUUUGAUGGAACCAAGGCUGUUGGAGAGAAACUGUUGAUCCAGGAGGACAGGAUAAUGUGGGCAGGACAUCGGAGUGAGGUGCCAGUGUCUGUGUGCAGUGCCAGUUGUCUUCCAGGCUCCCGGAAGGCUGUCCGUCGUGGGGAGCCUAUCUGCUGCUUUGACUGUGUACCAUGUGACAGCGGCAAAAUUAGCAAUCAGACAAACUCAGUAGAUUGCACAAUUUGUACUGAGGACUUCUGGUCAAACAACGACAGAACAGCCUGCAUCUCCAAGAAAGUGGAGUACUUGACCUUCGAUUCAUUGGGAAUAGCCCUGACAGUGAUGUCUGUUGUGGGCGCCUGCUUCACUCUGGCUGUCUGUGGUGUCUUCUUCUGUCACAGACACACAGCCAUCGUCCGUGUGAAUAACUCUGAGCUCAGUUUCUUCAUACUAUUUGCACUGACUCUAUGUUUCCUCUGUUCUCUACUUUUCAUUGGAAAGCCAACAUAUUGGUCCUGCAUGCUGCGCCACACUGCCUUCAGCAUCACAUUUUCACUGUGUAUUUCCUGCAUCCUGGGGAAGACCCUGGUGGUACUGGCUGCAUUCACUGCCACCAGGCCAGGGCACAACAUCAUGAAGUGGCUGGGGCCUAAGCAGCAGAGGACCAUUAUCUCCAGCUGUACUCUGGUUCAGGUGGUUAUCUGUGCUGCCUGGCUCAUUGAUGUUCCCCCAUUUCCAUCCAGAAAUACACAAUAUGAACAUUCAAAGAUCAUACUGGAGUGUAGUGUGGGCUCUAGCCUGGCUUUCUGGUGUGUUCUUGGAUAUAUUGGUCUACAGGCCUGUCUGUGCUUUGUAUUGGCUUUUCUGGCUCGAAAGUUGCCGGGAAACUUCAACGAGGCCAAGUUCAUCACAUUCAGCAUGCUGAUCUUCUGUGCUGUGUGGCUAGCAUUCAUUCCUGCUUAUAUCAGCUCCCCUGGAAAUUAUGCAGAUGCAGUUGAGUCAUUUGCCAUCUUGGCCUCCAGCUUUGGCUUAUUGUUCUGCCUGUUUGCUCCAAAGAGUUACAUUAUUUUACUGAAGUCUGAAAAGAAUACAAAACAGCACCUGAUGGGGAAAGAAAAGAAAUGAUGAAACCCAAAUUAACCUAAGGUUAUUGAAUCAGUAGCAAAUGGACUUGUAGAUUUCGUCCAGUGACUUAUGGAUAACUAACCAUUUAAAACAAAAAAAACACCUUUGUUAGUCAAUGUUGUUUUGAUAUUGAUAUUUCUUUACAGAUAUGACUUUGUAGUGACAAGUGUGCAAAACUGAUUAA